GGCACUUGGCAGCCAUAAGUCAUGGCCACUACAACUUCUCUGCUUCCCAAAUCCUUCCCACCAUUUCUCACCAACGCACCUUCAUUCCCCUCAACCCUUUUCACUAAGCUCUCGUCUUUCAACGCACAGGACCACCCCCAUUGCACAAAAAGGCCUAACCUUCAAACAAAUGCCAAGAAGAAGAACCCCUGGCUCGACCCUUUUGAUGAUGGGGAGGACCCUGACAUGGAGUACGGAUCCCUCUUCGCGGACGGGAAGCAGGACGAGGAUGAUAGGCCACCCGAAAACCCGGAUAAUCCAUACGGGUUCUUGAAGUUCCCAAUGGGGUACAGUGUGGAAGUGGCAUCACUGGCAUUGAAAGUGAGGGGGGAUGUUAGGAGGUGCUGCUGUGUGGUUUCUGGUGGUGUGUAUGAGAAUUUGCUGUUUUUUCCGGUAAUUCAGUUGCUUAAGGACCGGUAUCCCGGCGUGCAAGUGGAUGCGGUGACUUCUGCUAGAGGGAAGCAAGCUUAUGAGUUGAAUAAGAAUGUGAGAUGGGCUGACGUGUAUGAUCCUGAUGAUCAUUUUCCUGAGCCUGCUGAGUAUACUGACAUGGUUGGACUCCUUAAGAGUAGGUACUAUGACAUGAUCUUAUCAACCAAGCUAGCAGGUCUCGGCCAUGGAAUAUUUUUGUUCAUGACAACAGCCAGAGAGAGGGUGAGCUACAUUUAUCCAAAUGUAAACGCUGCAGGAGCUGGAUUGUUUCUAUCUGAAACAUUUAGACCGAAUGGUAUGAAUCUCGCUGAAGGCGGGUAUAACAUGUAUCACCAGAUGGUGGAUUGGUUGGGGAGACCAGUGCGGGAUGUGCCACGACAAGCUUUGCCCCCGCUUAAAAUAUCAAUUUCAAAGAAGCUAAAGCAGACUGUAGAGUCAAAAUACAAGAAAGCAGGUGUAGAUAAAGGAAAGUAUAUUGUGAUUCACGGCUUGGAGUCGGAUUCAAAAGCCUCGAUGCAGUCUAAGGGGGAUAGUGAUAGCUUGCUACCCAUCAAAACUUGGGCUGCAAUAGUCCGCAGUAUAAGGGAAUUUAGGCCAGUUUUUGUCAUUCCACAUGAGAAGGAAAGGGAAAAUGUGGAGGAAAUAGUUGGAGAAGAUACCAGCAUUGUGUUCAUAACAACCCCUGGGCAGCUUGCCGCUCUUAUCAAUGACUCGGCUGGUGUGAUAACUACAAAUACCGCAGCUAUCCAACUGGCAAAUGCACGCCAAAAACCCUGCAUUGCAUUAUUUGGCUCUGCAGAGAAGGGGAAACUAUUCAUUCCCAACGCAGAGGAGAAGAACUGUGUUAUUGUUUCAUCCAAGACAAAAAAGUUGAAGGACAUUGACACUGAAGCUGUUAAAAAUGCACUUCCAAUUUUCAAUGUGUCCCUAGCUCUAGUCUAAAAAGGGGUUAAAGCUCACCCUGAUUAGUGAUUUAAUUACUUUUGUUCUUGUUGUAUUAAUACGUUAUCUUCACCCCAGUUUGUAUAGCAGACCAUUAAGCCAAUGUUGAUUAAUAAAAUCAGGAUAUAUUUUUUCUGC